AUUUUCCUCGAAUUUCUUCGGUGAAUCCCAACAUAUUUUUCUAUUUUUCAGAAAACAAAAAUGUGAUAAAAUGCAUUUCUCAAUUCCAGAAACUGAUAUUCAGGUUGACGAAAAGGGGUUGAACUUCAGGAGCUACUCAGUGCAUAUUAAUGGUAUCCUGCAUUGUCGACUCCGGUAUCGACAGUUUCAUAGUUUCCACUUGGAACUACGGAGGGAGUUCGGUCCGCUUAUCCCGCAGUUCCCACCCAAGAAACUAUUUACGCUCAAUGAAACCGAGAUUGAAGAACGGAGAUUAAACCUAGAAAAAUAUUUACAACUUGUGUCCCAGGAUCCCCGUGUAUCAAAUAGUUCAACAUUCAACAGUCUCCUAGUCUCCGCCCAGCAGGAGACUAGGAAGGAGAACCUGGAGAACAUCAGCAUAGACAUCUUCCUUCUCAACGAGCAGAGGAUCAACAUUAAUAUACAAACUGUAGAGCAGACGGACUCUGUGCUCAGCAAGGUUUGCUCCCAGCUCAAUGUACCAGAGGAGUUUCAAUCCUGCUUCUCUCUGUUCCUCAUUCGGCGGGAUUUCGACGGAGAUAUCACGAUAGUUCGUAAACUACAGGAUUUCGAGUCUCCUUAUAUAUCACAGAAAGCUCUUUCAACAACCUCAACUCUAAUGGGUGAUAAAGAGGAUUCAGGUCCGUUAAGAAUAGUUUUGCGGAAAAGUUGCUGGGAUUCAAGUAUAGAUGAUUCCUUACUCUCUGAAACCUCAACUUUGAACCUACUCUACAUACAGACAGUGGCGGAGAUAGAACGUGGAUGGAUACAAGCUACGGAGGAUAUCAAGCAACAACUUGCUUUAAUGCAGGCUAAAGGUGCGAAGCGUCAAUAUAUGGAAAUAGCUCGAAACUUGAAGUUCUAUGGAUAUAUCGUGUUCAGACCAGGACUAUGUGAUUACCCGGAGCCCCAUAGCAGAGCAACCCUAGCUCUAGGCAGAUCUUGUAUCAACAUGAGACUUUAUACUCCUAGCGGAGAAAUUAAAGAGGUCGUCUUCAAGGUGACGAGGAUUCGUUGCUGGAGAAUAAUGACCUCUGGCAAGCCUCUGCUAAACCCAGGAGCCAAGCUACACUCCGACCAAGAAGCGAAACUUGAGUUAAGUUUUGAAUAUCUGGUAGCUGCUGACAAGCUGGAGUGGAUUACCGUGGUGUCUCCCCAAUCAAUCCUGAUGUCCCUGUGUCUCCAGGCCAUGGUUGAGGAGCUGGUCAGGAUUAGGAGCGGAGAAAAGGAUCCUUUAAAGAUUACUAAAUGCAAUACCAAGCAUAACAAGCGUGUUCAGAUGGAGUCUCCGGUUGUUGAUGAUGGAUGUAAGGGACCAGUAGAUUAUACGGUUAGAAAACUGGCGGAGAAGUUCUCCGUGGUCAACAUGAAAUCCGCCAGCACAGCGGCGGAGAACGUUCUCGUGGAGAACGAAGUUUUUAUAGAAAUGGUGGAUAGUAAUAGUUUACAUAGUCUAUAAAGUCUAUAGGGGGCAGGCAACUAUUAUCUUAGUCCUUAAUCUCCCACUCUGAAGGAAUUAGAAUAAAAAUAGAACCGAAACAGAAUUUGAGCUAAAAAUUUAAGAAUUGUGGCUAUUGAGAUGAAUGCUCGAGCUCUUCUUUUUAUUAUUCUGCAGACUGGUUUUUAUCUUAAGGUAAUAUCCGGGAAAUUGCCUCAACUGCAAUUAAUCAUAGUCUUGAUUGUAGAAACCGAACAGCCAAUCAGAAGACGAAAGAUUUCAAAAUUUCGGCUCGCAAUGAAUAAUUGGUCGGAAACCAGGAGGGAUAUCUAAAAGAGAGGAUUAAACAGAAAAUCAAAAGUUUCGACAGUGGAUGCUGCGCAUUAUCGGGAUUAAGGGUCUCCAAUACUUGAGUUUUCAGCUCCGAAGGAAAUGUUUGAUGAUAAACAUAUUUUGAGAUUAUCUGUUAACUUGUGAAACAAGAAUGUUAGUAAAUCCAGAAUAGAUUUCUCCCAGACGUACUUAAUAUAAUCUAUUUAAAUUCUAAUUUCUUUGACCACGGAUAAAUCCAUCCUCAUUCCAUCCAUUUUUUCCAUCCUAUUGUAUCCCCGUCAGUCUAAUGUUUGUCACGUGUUUUAAAAUUAAUCUACUUGUUUUCUUAUCCAUUCCAACCCUAGAAACCUGAAACCACGAAACCAUCCAUUUAAUAUUGUUUCCAGACCAGUAAACUAAACCAAAAAAUGUUCCUGUUUAUCUUUGAAUAUGUAUUAGUUAGAUCUAAGGAAAAUUUGCAUUUAUUUUUUAUCAUUUUUAAUUUUUAUAUUUUUAUUUUUAUUAUGCGAAGUUUCUUUUAGUCGCAUUUAAACAGAUUUUUUGUUAUUUUGUUGAUCCAUUAACAAUGGAGAACAAUCAAUAUUAUCCAAAUUUUAUUCUAGAAUUAUCCAAUUCAAAAUAUAGAUGUUGAUUGUUGAUCCAUGCAAUCAGGGUCGGAACUUCUGGUUGAAAGAGUUAAGUUAAACAAAAUUUGGUUGAAAGAGAUAAAUUGUUUAAACUUGGAGAAAUGUCCAAUCCGUGUGACAGCUUGACUACUAAAAGACAAAGGAAAUGUUGUGGACCAAUGAGAAUCUCUUUAGGUUGCGACCAAUAACGAACAAUUUAUUAGCGACUAAGUUUAAGUAAGGUUAAAGUAAUCGACUUAAAGAAGAAAAUUAGCCCGUUCCGACCUCUGUUAACAUUCCUAUACUAAUAAAAUCCAACGUGUUUUCGGGACAGUACUUAACUACACGUACACCCUGCGUCCACUAUGUUUACCAUACUGUACCCCCUAAACUAAAACUGUACUGCACCUAGGUGCCACAACCAAAAGUUCCUUGUACUGUAGUGCUACAGUGUGCAAUUAAACCUUAUCUAACCCCACGCCUACGAACGCAUUUGCAAACCAAAUUUGAGGCUCUUAAAUCCUACCCAGUACUUAUUUCGAUGUGUUUAAGAUUUAGAAAAAUUGAGUUGAUCCAUUUAGUUAUCAGUACUGUGAUCUUUAAGUGCUUCUUUUCAAAAUAGAUUGAGCCUGAAGAGACUGAACAUAUAUUAAGACCUUCAAUAAUAAGUCCUGUAUUCACCAAACUUAAGCUGGGAAUGCUGUAAGUUCAGUCUCUUUUGGUUCAGACUCUUGUUUGUUUCACGAACCAAUGAAUUAAAGUAGAGCUAGAAACAUUCAGAUGCAAGCUUGCUUUCCUCAUCAUUAAUUGUUCUAUGUCAGAUUAUUUUUAGUGUUAUUAUAUUUUAAUAGUUUAAACUUUACAUUUGCCUGAAUUUAUAUGUAUAUGUUAAACUAGUUCUUUUAAUUAUAUGUGGAUAUGGUGUUAGAAUUAUUACUAUUAUUUUAAUUAUAUAUAUAUUUAUGAAUUAUCUUCUGAAAUACUAAUUUCUAUGGUGUUUGGAACUAAAACUGUGUGAAAUAUUAUUAAGUUUAAUUAUAAAUUGAUCCAAAGAUAAAUUUUUUUGUUAAAA